AUGAAUUAUGUCCAGGUCGGUGAGGGAACCUAUGCGACGGUGUACAAGGGACGCUCUAGGACGACCAAUGAGAUUGUCGCUCUGAAGGAAAUCCACCUGGAUGCGGAAGAGGGGACACCAUCGACUGCCAUUCGCGAGAUCUCGCUCAUGAAGGAGCUCAAGCACGUCAACAUCGUCCGCCUUUACGACGUCAUCCACACUGAGACCAAGCUAGUGCUGAUCUUCGAGUACUGCGAGCGCGACCUCAAGAAAUACAUGGACGUCCACGGAGAACGAGGAGCCCUUGAUCCGGUCACUGUCAGGAGCUUCAUGUACCAGCUUCUGAAAGGGACCGCGUUCUGCCACGAGAACAGAGUUCUUCACCGCGAUCUUAAACCUCAAAACCUUCUCAUCAACCGGAAAGGGGAGUUGAAGAUUGGUGAUUUCGGCUUGGCGAGGGCCUUUGGUGUACCGGUGAACACAUUCUCCAACGAAGUCGUCACGUUGUGGUACCGUGCACCCGACGUUCUCAUGGGCUCAAGAACGUACAGCACCUCGAUCGACGUUUGGUCCUGCGGUUGCAUCUUCGCGGAGAUAAUCUCUGGCGUGCCUCUGUUCCGUGGUCGGGAUAAUCAAGAUCAGCUGCUCCACAUCAUGCGCAUCAUCGGGACCCCAGACGAGCGCACAUUACGCAAGAUAGCUACCGAAGGACAAACGGAGAACCAAGCCCAGAAGCAGUACCCUCGUUAUCCUAAAAUUCCGUUCUCUCAAGUUCUUCCUAAGGCCGGGCCGCAAGCACUGGACCUUCUGGAGCGACUCUUGCAGUUUGAUCCUUCCAAGCGGAUUUCAGCACAAGAGGCGCUCUCCCAUCCCUAUUUCAGCACCUCUACGCCGCUCUAUGUCGUUCCCAAUCCUUUCACGCCCGCGAUGGUGAUGCCAACCUACACUCACCCCGCACCCGGUCAAACGCAGUACCAGUUCGCGGCGCAGCAAGAGGCACAGCGCCAGCACGUCGCGCAGACCCAGCUCGCCCUCGCGCAGCCUCAGAUCCCUGGAGCCGGCUACACCAUGCAGCCGCCCAUGCAGCAGCAAAUGCAGCACCCUAUGCAACAGCAGAUGCAGCAUUCCAUGCAGCAGGCUCAACAGUUCCAGCCUGGCCCCGCUCGGUGA